AUGCUUUGCCGACGCGCCUUUUCACGAUUAGUUCAGCAGCAUCAUGGCUUGUUCAAAAUUCAAGUGCGACGUCUAAGUCUUCUGGAGUAUCAUUCGCAUAAAUUACUGAAGGAUUUCGACAUUCCGGUACCCGACGGAUAUGUCGUCGGGAGUCCGGAAGAAGCCAGGGAAGUGGUCUCGAAAAUCAAUGCUCCAUCGGUUGUAAAGGCACAAAUCCUUGCUGGCGGGCGCGGCAAAGGGAAAUACGAAAGCGAUGGAAAAGGAGGCGUUCGAAUCAUGAAUUCACCUAUUGAGGCCUUCGAAAAUGCCUCCAGAAUGAUCGGAUACUACCUCACAACAAAGCAGACUCCACCUGGAGGUCUUCUCGUCAAGAAGUUAUACAUCUACAAAGCCGUCGAUGUUGCGCAGGAAUACUAUGUUGCACUGACCUUCGACCGCGACCGGUCAAUGCCUGUUCUGCUCAUCUCCAACGUUGGAGGGGUCGACAUCGAAUCCAAUGCAGAUAAACUAGAGCAUUACUGGUUUGACAUGACGCACGGCAUCACAUCCGAGAUCACUGCGUAUGUUCAAGCCCAGCUUGGCUUCCCGGAUUCACAAAUUGGCGUGAUCAGCCAUAUCCUUCAUCAAAUGGUGAAACUAUUCCGGGAGAAGGAUGCCACACUGCUCGAGCUGAACCCUCUGGUACGCACACCAGAGGGAAAAUUCGUCUGUCUCGAUGCCAAAUUUACGUUUGACAACUCGGCGCGAUUCCGACAACCGGAGAUCUUCAGCCUUGAGGAACGGUCGCCAGAUGAGGAAGACGAGUACGAGGCGUCUCAGGCAGGCCUUUCCUACGUCCGUCUUGAUGGCAACAUUGGAAACAUUGUAAAUGGAGCUGGCUUAGCAAUGGCGACGAACGAUCUCGUCAGUUUGUUUGGUGGCAAAUGCGCGAAUUUCCUCGAUGUCGGCGGAGGAGCCACCAGGAAGACUGUAUCAAAGGCAUUUGAUAUCUUGAACCGGGAUGCACGAAUCAAGGGGAUCCUGGUCAACAUUUAUGGCGGUAUUGUUCGAUGUGACAUGAUCGCCGAGUCUAUCAUCGCUGCCGCGGCUUCGACCGGGGGAUUCAAAGUUCCUGUCGUGGUUCGCCUCCAGGGUACCAACUGCGACAAAGGUCUAGGAAUGAUUGAAAAAUCGGGGUUGCGUAAUUUGAUCGUCGAGCCAGACUUCGAACUCGCGGCUGAAAAGAUUGUGACGGUGACAACAAAAUCAGCAUAA